AAUUGCGUACACUUUUAGCGAGUCAAAGCAAGAGAUCGCCGAUUAUCUGAUUCUUCUUUUUUUUUAAUUUAUACUUUUUGUUUUUGCUUCAUUUGAUUUUCAAGAGACAGAAGAAGAAAACGAGAAAGAAAGACAACGAUGUUGAAUGCAUUACAACUGAUACUGACACCGUCAUUGGUGAUGCGGUUGUUAUUCCUUUUAUUGUUUUCUACAUUCACAUCUUGUGCUCAUUCAACAAAUGCCAGUAAGAAAAAUGUUCUGUUUAUAAUUGUUGAUGAUUUACGUCCGGCGUUAGGUUGUUAUGCCGAUUUACUUGCCCUGACACCGAAUAUAGACCGAUUGGCUGAGAAAAGCACACUAUUUCAACGGGCCUAUGCACAGCAAGCGUUGUGCGCACCAUCUCGAAACUCAGCGCUCACAAGCCGAAGACCGGAUACAAUUCAUCUGUACGAUUUUUACAGCUACUGGCGAACAUCGGUAGGCAAUUUCACAACAAUACCACAAUAUUUUAAAGAACAUGGCUACAAAACAUAUUCAAUUGGCAAAGUAUUUCAUCCGGGCGCAUCUUCAAAUUUUAACGAUGACUUCCCAUUUAGUUGGUCAAAUAAGACCUAUCAUCCAUCCACCGAAAAAUGGAUGAACGAUGCCGUAUGCUAUGAUAAAAUCUCACAACAAUUGCAACGCAAUCUAAUAUGUCCUGUUGAUGUAAACCGAAUGCCGUUGCACUCAUUACCUGACAUACAAUCGAUUGGAACUGCUAAGCAAUUGUUAAGUACAUUUAAAAAAACAUCGAUACCGUUUUUUAUUGCGAUUGGCUUACACAAGCCGCAUAUUCCAUUUCGGUUCCCAUCGAAAUACUUGCGUUAUCAUGACAUUGAUAAAUUUAAAAAAAACGACUUCAUUCAUGUGCCACCAAAUCUACCGACUGUCGCCUUUAAUCCAUACAAUGAUAUACGUCUUCGAGACGACGUUCGAAAAUUGAACAUUUCGUUUCCGUUCGGUCCGAUGGUAAAAUCGUUUGCAUGGCACAUUAGACAAGCCUAUUACGCAGCUGUAACAUAUGUUGAUGAUCUCCUUGGUGACUUACUACAGAGUGUGGAUUUUUCAAAUACAAUCAUUCUAUUGACGAGCGAUCAUGGUUAUUCAUUGGGCGAACAUGCAGAAUUUGCAAAAUAUACAAAUUUUGAAAUUGGUGUACGCGUACCAUUGAUCAUUUAUUCACCUGAAUAUCAACGAAAUGCUACGUACAAAGUGCAUGCACUUGCUGAACUUGUUGACAUAUUUCCGACGCUUGUCGAAUUGGCGACACUGCCCACAAUUAAGUCAUGCAGGAAAGGUUACUUCAAGCAAACCACAUGCACAGAAGGUAAAAGUCUGGUUCGAUAUUUCUCAGCUGCUGGAAUGCCAUUGAACAUUACAAAUUAUCAAUUUGCAAUCAGUCAAUAUCCCAGACCUGGCAUUUUUCCAACACAAUAUCCGGACAGUGAUAAACCACGUUUGAAAUACAUCAAAAUAAUGGGCUAUUCAUUGCGAACGAUUCGAUUUCGUUAUACCAUUUGGCUGGAAUUCAAUCCAAAAACAUUCAAACGAAAUUGGCACAAAUACUAUGGCGAAGAAUUAUACGAUCAUUCCAUCGACCCGGAAGAGAAUCUAAAUUUGGUGAAUCGACAUGAAUUUGACGCCAUAAAAUUGCAAUUAAAACAUUUACUUCGUAGCAAACUUGAAAAUAAUUAGAAAUGAAAGUACGAUGAAUGUUUGAUAUGUUUUUGUCGGUGAUGCUGUCGCUGUUGGUGCUUCUGCUGAUGCUGCCGCUGUUGCCGGCGAUAAAUAUUCGUGUAUCGCAAUAAAUUUAAGAAAGUAUUUUGCUAUCGUUGUGGGUGUUGAUUUAUUUUAUAAACACAUACGAUGCAAUGAUUCAAAUGGUCUGAAAUUAUAUGUGAAACCAAUGCAUCACGCAUUCCUGUAAAAUUCGUUCUUACAUUCAUCUUUUCUUACACGGUAUUCUCUCUUUCUUUCUCCUUGAUUGUGUAUCGUUUAUGUGGUAGUUUUUGAUAAAUUGUCAAAAGAAACAGGAUGGCUAAAUAAAAAGGCUAUUUACAUUAUUAACAGUUUCGAGAAUCAUUCAAAAGGGUUUGACCGGACGGAAUGAAUGCAAAAUUUUACCUAUUUUGGCCAAACCGAACAAAUAAAUUACCAUACAUCGAAUAAAUAUAUUUUCACUCUUUUUUCGCUAUCUUGCUAUGUAUCAGUGUUGUACUUAAUAGGUAUUACCUAUAAUUUUGCUUGGAACGGUUCUUGAAAUCUUUCUUUUCAAUUGAAAUGGUGUAAGAGAGCAAUUUAGUUUUGGUUUAACCAUAGGACGAGCCUAAAAGUGUCUUUUACAUGUAUUUAUAUGCAAACGUCAUUCUCUGAACUUUAGAAGAAUCUCCCUACACUAAUGUAAGAGGAACUAGAAGAAAUGGUGAGGAACUAGAAGAAAUGGUUUGUGCAUUGGAUAAAUUUCCACUAUUGUAUAUUAAAUAAGACAUGAACCACCACACAUUUUCAUUAGUUCGAUGUUUAUAGGAUAGAUACAGCGCCAUUCAAUGUCUGACAACUAUACUUGUCCUAUGGGUUUAACCUAAUUUAAUUGGCUUCUUCUAAUGGGGUAAACGUUCUUUAACAUUUAAACCGUGAUUCGGCAUUUAUAACUAGAUCCACAAUUUUUGCGAUUAUAUGAACUCAAUAAAUAGUCACACAUUCAUUCUCGGACAUUCAUAUUGUUGUACAAUAGCUCGUUCAUUCAAUUUUAAGAAACUGACAGCGUCUGCACUGCUCAUGCUCGUCCAGAAAGAGCAAGAGAAAAAAUACGUAAUAUAAUAAUAAAUUUGUGGUUCCAAAAAUAACAGUAAUACAAUGACGAUAACAAAUAUUUCAUGCGAUAAUCAGUAGAAAAAGUGAGAAAGGGAACAUAAUCAUAUACGCUC